AAACCUUCGGCUAACUAACAAACCCGCUCCGGAUAGCCUCCGCGUCGCCCUCGUUCUUGUUCUUGAUAUCUGUUCCGUCGAUGCUCAAAUUUAGCCCUGGAGCCACUGCAGUUCUGCCCUGGGAUUCUUCCAAGUUCGUUUCCGGCGUGUUUGGUUUAGAGAUGCUUCACUAGUGUGGUGAGCUUGGAGCUGGACUGGACGUGUCACGAGAAUUUUUCAUCUUCUUUGGACGGGAAUUUGUUCCGAAUUAGAGGCUUCUGGUUGUGGAUUUCUUCAGGUUGGGGUGGGAUUUGGGAGCGGUCGAGGUGUAUGAUGUGGUCGAGUUUAGUUCUUGCGAAUUUAGGAAUGGGAGUAGAUGAGGAGAGGUGGCAGAGGCCGUCGUUGGAAGUGGAGUGCUUGGGUGUGCCAGAAGAAUAGUUUGCAGUUGCGCGCGGGGAUUUUUUUUUCUGCCGUGUUUGUUUCUAUGUCCGCCAUUGGUUCCCCCUUCAAUUAACGCUGAGGGGAGAAAGUGAAGCGGCAAAUCUUUCUUGAUACUCAGUAGUUUGGAGUAGCAGAAUGAUUUUGAAGUGAGAUUUUGUACGCACGCUUUUCCCCACUCGACAUUCGCCUGCACAGCUACUGGGCUCCUGCCAGGUUAUGCCAUCGAUGAACUCCCUUACACCUUAAGGUUUGAUUAACAUCGCCUCCAACAUGAUUAACUGUAUGGUUAGUCGUCGCCUAUGUCAAAGUCGCAAGCCACAAGGGCCGCGCCUUGUCGUCCCAGAAACACCAGCUUCUACUGUACCUGAAUUUCAGAAAUAUCACCCUGAAGAAAAUGUACUAUCGAAUCGGAGGUUUUCAGUGGCACCUGAAGGAUUCGGAGGAGGCCCGUUUUCCCAGCAACCUGGGAUGUUUUCCCUACAAGGAAUUACUGUUGAUGGACGGCCUACCAUGCUCGAAGAUGGGGAUGACAAAGGAAAAAUUACACAGCCAAAUCCAAGGCCGAACCGAAGCAAUAAAAUGUUGAGCAAGCAUUUUGUUGCUCCAAGGGCGAGGCUUAAUAGGCGGGCUUCGCUUCACGGAUGCGAUUUCCGCACCACUCAAGGAAUCUCUGUCAUGGAGUCAGAUGCAGUGUUGCAUCCGAAAGAAGUCAUGUACCUUCAGAAAAUCGCAUUAGCUAGCAAUGAGGAAGCUCGGAGAAGUCACCUCACCAGCGGGAUGGCACACAUUUCUCUCGAUGGGCGUAUUAUCAACGCUGUCUCUGCAACCUCGUCGAGAAGGAUUGGAGGAGAUUUAGGUGAAGAAGAGGCUCAAGCGUGGGAUUGUUUUGCUCCAUUGCAAAGGGUGUUGAUUGUAGCAGUAGCUGCUGCAGCAGCAGCAUCAAGUAAACACGUAAACCGCAAGGAAAUUGAUCGUCUGCAAAAAGCUGUCAAUGCACAGGAGGAUGCUCUCUCACUCAUGAGACGAGAGCUCAGCAAUCUGUGGGGCCAAGUUGCCACUGAGGAUAGCCCUCUUUCCUUUUUGACUCCUAAACAAGUUGGUGUUGAUCAAAGACCAAGGAGUGUAAGUCCAAUGACCCCUUUGUGCGGGAGUGACGGACUACAUCCCGACACUCCAAUGAUGGAGACACCAAUAAUCUCCAAGAGACAAUGGCAGUGUGACUUGCCUGAUGGCUCUGUCGGAAGCGGCCUAUUUAGAGAUAAUUCCAUCAAUAAAAGCGUUUUACUUGUUGAAAAGUCCCAAGAUCAGUUGCAGACAGUUCAAUCAGGAGAUGCUAAAUGGUACAGCAAUCCACUGAUAGAGCACAGUGGACGGAGUGACGACAGCCUCCAUAGUGAGCACUACUUUGAAGAUUGUACGCCUGACAAGCGACGACGAAUAUUUUCAAGAUUUUCCGCUGAUGCGACCGAGCCUAUUGAGUGGAUGUCUGUGAAGUCCUCCUUUACGGCUAUUAGUGCUGAUACUGUUACUCCAACGACAAUUAGAAAGAGAUUUUCUUACGAGGAUUCGUUUACUACUCUUCCGAAAGAGAAAUCUCUAGUUCUGGGAGAGAUGGCUGCCAUGCGGGGUUGCUGUUCUGCUCUACUCGUUGAAGUAAAGAAUCAGGUCCUCUCCGUACUAGAUAAAGAGGCGUCCCAAGUGAUGGCUGCGCUUUCCCACGUCAUUGAAAAGGCCCAGAAGUUAGAGAAAAUGGACAGAACAAGCUCAUUCUCACGACGUGGGAAUACGCCCGAGAAGAAAGCUAAAGCUUCUGCAGCAUUGAAACAGAGCGUAGAAAAAGCAAGUGCACAGGUUGCGUCACUUCAAGCAGCUGUUUUGAACAUCUGGCGCACCAUUGGGCCGCAUGCAUUGGUGUCCCUCAACUUCUCGCCCCAAGACUGUGAGAAUCUCCUACUUCGUGUAGCGAAGCUGGUCCCUGAGACACCUCUGAACAACGACAAAAAUACAGUUUCCACUAGGGGAGAAGGAAUUGACGAAUGGAAGCGGUGGCAACAGGCUCAUCGAAGUGAAACAACUGUGCCGUCGUUACUAAGCAGAAUUGAAGCCGCGGCGAAUGCAUUCUCCGGAGUAGACAUUCAAGCAGCGUGUUCUCCGAGUUGGAAGCAUAAAGGGAGCGAAAUAGCGUCAGCUAUAGGAGCAGCAGUGCAGAAAACCGUGGAUUCAUUGAUGGCUCCUUUGGAUGGAAGGGAAACUGCUGAGAAUUUUGAAAGCCCAUUAUCUAAACAAAGAGUGUCAGCUCUUUCAGAAGAUGCACCACAAAUUCUAGCUCAACAGCUGCUCGAAGAUCUUGAGAAGGCAGCUGCAAAGCUCGCAGGGAUGGAGUGCCAAAUGGAUACCUUGAAGCAGAGUGUCCGAGAUAGUGAUACUCAACGAGAGAAAGCCGAGGUCAAGCUUGCGGAGGCAAUAGCUCGUGAUCACGAAAACCAGGAAAAAUUCGAACGGGAAAUGAACGAGCUUACGACAAAGCUUCGAGAAAAAGAAUCUGCUUAUGACGAAUUAAUGCGUAGUCGCAAGACAAUGUUCUUAGCAAAAUCGAAGGAGAUCGCUGAGCUGAAAAGAGAUUGUCAGAGGCGUGAUAUGGCCCUCGAUGGUAUCACUGCUGCUGCCCAGGCAACGCGAGAAGCAAGUGAUCAGAGAUUGGCAGUCUUGGAGGAUAUCUGCAAACGUAAGGAUUCUGCAAUUCAGGAGCUCAAGGAAGAAAUAAUCGCUCUUGAAGACAAGGUUUACGAACUCGAGCUCCGAUCUCCUCUUCUUCGUGACAAGGCCAGACGUGGUUUCUCCUUACUCCGAUCUUCAGCUGAAGAAGCGCUUGCCCUAGAAGAUAGGUUCAACGGAAUUUGUCGUGUAAGGACUCAAACGCAUGCUUCUUCACUUCCUCAUGACCCUGAAGAUCUUCAACCCAAUAUGAAUGCAACUGUUAGGCAGCCGAAGUCAUUCAGCACCUGUAUGACACAAGACCGGAUAGACCUUUAUGCCAAAGCCAAUGUUUGCCAGGAUCUGCAAGCACGGAGUCACCGCGUUGAUCCUUCGAAGAACUUGCUUCCCAUCCCAUGCUCCAGGACUGAAAAUUUUACUCGGCUGACAGCAUCAACAACCUCGUUGCCAAACAGGGAGAAAGAGGGUACGUCUUCAGCAAGACCACUAGCACUUUCUGUUGAUGGAAGUAUGUUCCCCUCUCCUAUUGCCACGUUAUUCGAUGACUUUUUGGAGGUAGAAAGCUCGCUGCAAACUCUUGAGGCGGAUGAUGGAUUCCAGCUUGGAGAUGAAUUCUGUACACCAAGCAACGGCGACAGCCUUCGUCGCUCACAAGAAUACUUCUCCGUCGAAGGCAGGUCAAGUUCGGGACUAAAGCAGCUGAAGAACAUGACAAUAGGCAGCAGACCGGAAUCAGCUGGAAGCAACACCAAGGUUACCAAAUCACAACGAGCACGAGGCAAUGCUUUCUUCACCUCCACAGAUGAGAACAAGAAACCCAGUGGAUUGCUGCGCCCUACUAAAGCCAGCCUCCUCAAAGCUCAGGGUAAAGGUAAAGUCGUCAAGAGGGAGAAGGAAGUCUAUUCUGAGUCUCAGCAGGAAGAGAUUAAUUGGGUAAGUGCUGGAGUUCUAGCUUCCAUGGAAUACAAUGGAUCUUUGAACGGGUCAGUGACCUCUCGUCGGACAUCCAAUUCAUCUACCGAAAUAAAAGAAAGCAUCGGGAAAACAAGAUCGAGGGAAAACAAACCAAUCAGGAGAACAAGGUGGCUCUGAGGACCUCUGACCACGACUAGACUUGCGAUGUAACACCGCUGGUGUUUUAUGUACAUUACUGUGGCGCUUCGUCACCUCUGAAUAACGCACAUUGCAGGCAUCUAACAAAUGGAUGAGCACCUGGCUCUCCCUCUGUAAUAUACUGACUGCAACCAACUUGUACAUAUCAAUUUUGAGACAAAAUAUGAGUCCUGUUGAGACAUUCCGGAUUUUGGAGACUUUCAUCCA